AUGGAUGAGCCUGUUGCAACUGUCAUACCGGACACAAGGAUGUCAGAAUCCUUCAAUAACGCCGCCCCACUAUUUGAAGAAGAGGCUUUCUUAUCGCCAGGGACAUUUUCCAGUGCAGACGAGUAUGCCGCAAAUCCACGUUUCCUCGAAUUACAAGAGGAGCUCCGCUGUGUGCUCUUUUCAUCCGUUGCCAGCCUCGAUCCCGGUGAAUACACAUCACCAGUUCCUUCAGAACAACCAGAUGGGCCCACGAAAUCCCGACCAACGUUAGAUUUCACAAGAGUCUCUAUUCCUAAAAUCCGACUCAUUUUCUACCUCAAAAACUGGAUCACCGAAUGCGCGCCUUAUCUGGAUAAAUUUGACGAGUCGCGUCAUUUUGGCGUUCACAUUCCGAUUCUUGCGCAGCGGUCGCCCGCUUUGUUUUAUGCUAUUCUUGCAUUCUCCGCUCGUCAGACUGAGCGGAAGGCCUGUCUUGAUAAGGCAUACGAUAGUCUGGAACUUUACCAAGAGUCGAUCCGGUUACUAGCGCCUUUACUUCAAGCGAAAGAUCCGAAUGUCUUGGUAACGGUUUGCAUUCUUGCGGUAAUGGAGCUCAUGUCCGUUAGUCCACGCGACUGGAGGAGGCACGUCGAAGGAUGUGCCGCUCUUUUUGACUCCUUCAACGUGAACGGUUUAUCUGGUGGCCACCUUUCUGCUACCUUCUGGACCUAUGCGCGCAUGGAACUGUGCGGUGCGAUCAUUUCCGGGGGCGCCGAGUCCACCGUGCUCCCCUUGGAGAAAUGGGUUCCCGCCGUACCGGAGACCGCAAGUCCCAGGGAAAGGGAACUCAUGAUUCGAGACAUGUUCUACCAAGACGGCUGUGCAUCUCCAGAUAUGCAUGCAAACUGGGCAGUAUAUCUCUGCGCAAAGACGUGUGAUUUAUCCUGCCGUCAAACCAGACACGUGGAACUAGGCGAGAUGGUCGAAGACACACGCCCCUUCGCCGAGCAGUGGACCUGUCUAUGGGAAGAGCUGCAAUUCUGGCUUGAGAACAGACCCCCAGCCAUGUUACCCAUUAAAACAACCGGAAUCGGCGGGGGUCAAAUAUUCCCUGAAAUCCUUUUCGCACACUGGGCUGCUAUCUCGGGAAAUCAACUUUAUCACGCUGCUUGCAUAAUGAUGUUGGAUAUGAAACCCCCUGAGAAAAUUCUGCCUCCGGCCAAGCCACAUUACUCAUCUGUGUGGCACGCGCGCCGAGUCUGUGGGAUUUCUUUGACGAAUCCUCACUCUGGGAAUCUUAUCAAUGCUAUUCAACCGUUGUAUAUUGCGGGGAAACUUCUCAGCCACCACAGUGAACACAUUGAGGUGGCGAAGUUGUUCAAGAUUGUUGAGGAGACGACUGGCUGGGGUGCGUUAUGGAGGUUGAAGGAUCUUGAGCGAGCGUGGGGAUAUGAGCCGGGUGAAAUUUUAUCAGCGAUUUGA